AUGGAGCAGACAUGUCAAGGCGUUGCUUCCGAUACCGUGGAGUCCCCAUCCUCCUCCCUAGUUUUGUCUGUAGCUGAUGCGUGGGCCAGUAUACGAGCGUACUUUAUGGAGGUGCAGGCCGCAGUGGAAGAUGUUGCAUUGGCUGAAAUUGCUGACCGUCUGCCACAUGUGACACACUCGUUGGAGGUAAUACGGAAGGCGCUUCUGCAAGAACGGUCGCAGAUGAUGCAAACCGGGUUUGUACCGCAGGUAAGAAAAGUGGACACAUACUGUGCAGACAGCGUCAGUAGCAAGAGUGACGUCCUCAUUUCAUUGCAGAGACCGAGUUUCAAGGAUCCCAAUAGCAGCAGCCAUUUUGGAAGCAAAGCCUGUACCGAUGGGGUUUGGCGACUGCCCCCGUGUUACACAUUUCUUUGGGAUGAGCCAUUGCUUACGUCUCAUGAGGGGGAGAACGCCGUGGACGAGGGGGAAAUAUCCCCUAUUGGGGAUAUUUUUCUUUUUUCCUUGUGCCAGUUUGCCAAACACGAUGAUCCACCGGGUGCUCGACGUAUCAUACUUUGGUUUUUGUCUCGUUUGCUCUCGGAGGAGGAUCUUCCAUGUUUACCAUACAGAGGAGAUCCACCACGAUCGCUGUUGCAGAUGUUUCCUGGCAACACGGUUGUUCCACUGAUGGAUAUGCUUCGUCAGGUGGCGGCCAGGCUUCGACCAAAAACAGUAGGCAAAGAAGACACCAUGGGAAUGUCUUCAACAUCCAACACUCGAGAAUCAAACACGGAUGCGAUGGAGGAGGAACGCGAGGCACUUCUUAACCUCUUGUGUGCAUUGACGGAAAGGAUGGAACAAGUUCCUGCGUUGGCCAUGUUUUUUAUUCCCGAAGCUGUGACAGAUGCAAAGGAAGAAGUAGACUUCGAAACAAACCCCGAAUCGCCACCGACUGUUGGUUCUUCUUUUAGUAUUCUGCACGAAUUGCUGGUUUACGCUACAAUUCGGGGAGAAUCCGUUCACCCCAGCAAACAACAAACGAUUUAUCAACUGGCAUUGCGGGGACUGCUUAGUCUUGCCAAAUGUCCUGAUCCAGCGAUACAGGAUUAUGUGAAGAAGCAAACUGCAGUGGCAUCAGCAACUUUAAUGGGGGCACGAACAACUCUCCUUACUUUAUGCACAGUCCCUUACAACGAUGACACUAACGCACAGCUCACUUACCUCUCUGAGUUGCUGCGUUUCUGGUCGCAGCUGAUAUUAUUGUCCCCUGCUGUAUCAGAGGCUUGGGGAGUAGAGGCAAUGAUCGAAAGUAGUUUUGUCCACGGUGCACUUGUGCCGCUGUUUUGUUCAGCAGAAGAGAAAGUGUACGCUGCCGCCGCUCUUGUGACGGCAAGAACUGUACGUUUUGUGGGCCGAUCGCCUUCUUUUUACGUUUCUGCUGUGACGCGGGCGUUGCUGGGCACACAUAUUGACCGUUUGAGUGGAAAUCCAAUGCGGUUGACUGUUACUCCCAGAGAGAUGCUGUCUUCUUUACCGUCGACGGUGACUUUGCUAGAAUACGUCUUGUUGCCGCAUCUUGCAAUACCGAGCGAUGAAGACUGGAGCUGCACAGAGGUUACGUUGUACCUGCUAGAUACAAUUGCACUGUACGAACCGGUGCUAUUUAUGGAGUUUGCCCUUUCCCUGUCCAUUUCCACACUUGCUGAGGUGUAUGUGGAAGCGCUCCAACGUGCUCUACAGUCUGAGCCAAAAAAUGCAUAUGGAAAAAGCACGACUGUUACUAGUGAUGGAGAUGAUACUUCUGUUACGAAUUCUUUGCCAGACAAGGCGAGAAAUGCAGAAUAUCUUCAACAGUUGACGUCUGAGUUGGAACUUUCCGCCGCUGAAACAUCCCCAUAUCUGGAUGUCACGGAAUGCUUUUCUGCACGUUUACGAGCUCCGAGGGGAAUCAUGCUAUGGACCAACGCAGAGACCAUUGCGGAGGAAAUCCUUUCCCGUCUGCUGCUAGUGGAGAGUCAUGUUCCUGCGUGCAUUCUUGAGAAGAGACAACGCAUCAUGAACCGUUCUUGCAGAGGUGUGGAUGAGGAAUUUUUGGAAUCCGUGCUUGAAGGUAGUGGCCAUAGUCAGACGCUCCAGGAAACUUCUUUUGCCUCGAUGGACAAUCAGGCCGCAAAAAAGGAGUCGAAUAAUAUUUGGUUUCACAUUGGGGUUCACCAAUCGCCACUUGUGGAGCGUCUCUGUGAGAUCACUUCCAAAAUGUUGAUAAUUCCCUCCAUUGUUUGCUCACUUUUAACGCAACUGUGGUCCACCAUCUGUGUCUUGCCGGACUUUCGUGUCCUGUACACUCUCAUGGACUCUAGGUACGGCCAACUCCGCCAGGCCUUGUUUAAACUGCGCGACACCAUUGACGAGGGACUUCAACACGACGAAGACGUGGCAUUUGCGCUUGCAUCUGCAGCGGCAGCUGUCGCGGCGAAAACGAAUAUGAAGACGGAGCUUGUCGAUGUGGGGUCGCAGAAUAAGCUUCUGGCAGAGAGCAACCUUUCCAUUGGUAGUAUACACACCACUGCUUCUCAUUUGUACACACGCACAUACCUGUACUUUCAGUUUAUUCAGCUUGGAAAUUCGCUUUGCUGGGUGAGGGACAUCGUUGAACAGGAGUUUCCUAACCAAGAACUGCUUGUUGCACUCAAGAAACAUCGGCAUUUUCUCGAGGCAUGCGCGUGUGUGGAGGCGUUUCGCAUGGAACUGGACGCAGCGAUUGGCCAUGUGACCCUAUCUCACAGUCUUAUGUGCAUUAAAACUGGGAAGGAGCACGCGAAAAGGAAUCUUCAUGAUAUUUAG